GAAUUUUGUCGGUUAGGUUGCCAUCGUAUAUAUGUACUCGCAUAUGUGUGUGUUGCGAAAGUUGUUUAACUCUCUCGCUAACAAAGUUUCUCUGUCUGCGGAGUAAUAAUGGGGAAGCAAUAUCGAUUUGCCUGUGCGCCCAAGUUGGGUGAGGGAAGGCGAGAGCACGACAGAAAAGGGAAGAAUGUGCCGUGAGAUUGCCGAUGUACGGCUGCAUGCUAUUUAUAUGCAGCAAGGAAAGCGAUGCCUCUGUGCAAUGGAUGCAGGGCAUUUUGGCCGUGAUCGGAACCGAUGAAUAGUCAGUGGAUGGCGCGGUCAGAUUGGUGCAGUAUUGUGAACAUGAUCGGUUUUUACUCUGGUAUUGUGUGCCGGCAGAUGAAGCAUUUUGAGAAACACAAUCCCCGACUGUAAUUUUCGCUGGCUUGUUUUACUCUGCAUUGUUUUGCGGUUUUUGAACACAAGCGUUCCGCUUUUUACAGUUAGGAUAGAAAGAUUACAAUGUCUGUGCGGUACUUCAGAAGUCAUACUUAUUGAAAAAUGUUUUUUUAAACGAAAGUUCUUUAAAACUAAAAUCUUUGUUAUUAUCCUGUACAAAAUUCUGUGAGAUAAUUAGAGCGUCACAAAGGAAGGUCUUUAUUGACGUCAGAGUGCACUGGUUCUAGAAUUUUCAGCAUUUGUCAAAUUUCAAAUACAUAUCCGCCGAAUAGCUGCUAUUAUUUUGCUUUACGCAGAUGUGCAAGUGAUACUGUAAUUACUAAAUGUCAGAAGCAUGUUUGGUAUAGAUAUAAUAAAUUUGAAUUUUGCAAUCGAUUAAGCACUCGGUAAUGUUAGUGCGCAUAUAGAUGCAUUUGUUUCCUCGAAUGCAUUAGAAUAACUUUUUAAUGGUUAAAGUAUUUUUGUGGAAGAAAGAGACACUACAAGUUUUCACUGUGACGACUUUGGUUAUUUUCAAAUGGCAUGUUUGCUGUUGUAUCCGGUCCGGUGUGCGUAAUACAGUAAUUGGUUCUUGUAAAAUGUAGCGCGCAAAUAUUGAAUGUCUCUGCAGCGGCGUUAAUGAAUAGUCUGCCCGUAAUUGGGUUCACUGUCAAUUUUCGGUGGGAAAGUAAAGGUGGUCUUCCCUCGAUGGGUUAUACAACGCUGGUGUAACCGAAUACGUACGCUAAUUGGAAAAUUUGUGCUUGUAAAGCUGGAGAACCUGUAUGAAGGUAAUCGGUGAUGUGUGACUGGGAUUUAAUUAACGUUUGCUUGUAUCCUGUUACUGCUUACAUUAAAAGCAGGAUAUUUUAGGGGAUGAAACAAGGAAGUAUAAAUUGUGCAGAGAUUUGUAAUGAAAAAUUCAGAAUGCAUCCAGCUUUAGUAAAUGACUGCCUUUUUAAUUAGGUAAAUGUUACGACGGUAGCCAGGCGAAUAGGGGCUAGGGAAUAGGGAUGCAAACAACGAUAAAUGACUGGAUAUGCACUUAAGUGUGUUGUGCUGUUUUUACGGACUCGCUUUUCUUGCGAAAUUAAACUGAAUACAGCUUCCUGUUUUUCGAUAAGAGGAAAACUUGCGAAGGAAAACUAACUCUGGGAAGAGAUUACGUGUGUGGACACAACAGGAAACACUUUGUGUGCGCUCGUGCAGGUAACCGGAAAAGGUCAAUUAAACCCGUAAUGAAACUGUUUGGAUGUGUAGUGCGAAAGUAGGCUACAACUGCACGAGAAGUCCCCAUUAGUCCUGCAGCUCGAACCAGUCCAUCAUCAUGCCAUCAUUAUUACAAAAAAAGCGUCCAAAUAUACAAGAGCGUUUGUUUUCGAUGGAAGAGAUGUGAUAAUAGACAUUCCUGACGACUGAGCGAUGAGUGUCCGGUGUCUUCACGAAGCCGCACAGUUUACCCAUUGCAUAGUGAAGUGUCUCUUCGUGCUUUUUCGCUUCUCCCCUCCGCCAUGUCCAUUGUUAUGGAAAUAUUUCCGCUUGAAGAAUGAAGCGAAUAUUAGUGAGACAGAUGCACUUGAACUCCAACUGGCAGCAGCCAUUGUCGAGUUACUGCGUGCUUUAUCUUUGUUGCCUCCAUGUGCAUUCCGUGGAGUGUGAUGUCCGGUGAGUUUUGGUUUAUCGGGAGGUCUUUUUGGCCCUCUCACUCCGGCUGCCGGCAUGGCAUAUUUUUUCAAGUUGAUUUCGCUCUCUCAUCAGAUUGAUGGGUUUAUGGUCAGGCCAACUGUUUGACCGUUUACCGGCUGAAAGUGAAGACUUUUGCACAUCGCAUUCUUCAUCAGACGCGUAGUUAAUAAUGGUUAAAACAUAAAAAUAUUUUGGGCGGCGGGUUUGUAGUUGGUUUAACAGAAACCUGGGUUCUGUAAGAGAGUACUUGCGAAAUUUAAAAUAGAACCAGUUUAGUCUUUUCUAAAAUAAUAAGUUUUCAGCUACUAAUAAUUAUUUAUUGCGGUCUGUUUGGCAUUUGACACUGGUAUUUGUUGCGUUGUGGAGUUUUUCAAACUAUAGUCUAUCUGUAACUGUUAACCUGGAUAAAUAAUUGAAAAUUUCACAUGCCUGGAAAUUUGAUGAUGUUUUUUUACGUUUGAAAUAAACGGUUAUGUUGGAAUCUCUUGUUCAUGCCGGCGAGAUCGACGAAAUGUGGAUAAUCAGUACAGUGAAAUUUAUUCCUGCAACUCCUAAUUGGUUGGUGCAUUUAGAUUUGCAUAAAUUGUUUAAUUGUCUUCAUUCAUUGGCAUCUGGCGGCCUCAAAGAGGAUGCUCACUUGCUUACAAUCGCCAAGAUCCGUAAAUAAAGUGUCGAAUGCCGAUAUCGCAAGCAGCAGCCUGAAUGCGUGGUUCAGAGCCGUACGUUUCUUAACACGAAGCAAAUUAAUACGAAGCAAACUGAAAAGUACGUAACAAUUGGUAGAUUUCUUCACAAUAAGCGGUUGUGUUUUUAAUGAACUCAAGAUGUAUUUCAUUAACCUUCCGUCUGCAGUUUUAAUGUUCAGCAUUAUGGUUACGCCGUACGUGCAAAAGGAUUUCAAGUUGUUAUCCAUUUUAAUACAUGGCCCGCUUAAGUAUUCCAGUGUUGUUUGGGAGAAAAAUCGACAAUAAAUAAAGAGCCCUGAUAGAAAAAGUCGUAAAUCAGGGAAGAUGUCAGCCGCGGCGCCUGAAAUUCCAGAGAAUUUGAAGUAGUCCGGCCACAGCACCCGAUUGUUAAAACGGUAUUAGCCUACAAAACGUUAACGCUAUCCUGUACUUGAGUGCGUCACUUUGACAGUGUACUAGGCUCAUUUUAAUAUUAACGUUUGUCCGAGAACGGGGAGUCUGCAGCGAAAAAAAAUGAUGUGUUAAAAAUAAUUAAUCGAUAGGAGUGGUUGGGGUUGUUGUGAUAAUCAUGACCUUUGUCAGAAAGCGGUGGAAAUCUAAUUCGCGCUGUAAUCUGUUCUCAUUCAGAGUUGUUUGGAAUAGUUUUUUCAUGGCCAUGUCAAGCGGUAAUCGCCAGUAUAGAGAUGUGACAUCAGUAUCCAGUUGGUAAAAUGUCAUACAAUUAUGCCAUCAUUUGUCGAGCGUCCUUUGCGACAUGUUUCCCGUGACGGUUGAUUAGAAAUCGGGUCAAUCUCUCGGUAAAUCCGGCGCGGUUCGUGCUGUUGGAUACGAGUUUGCAGGCGCUCGAUGCUUUUGAUCCUGCAAUUACACGGCCUUGCAUGCCGACUAUUCUUUAACAACCACCACAAGUGUUGCACGUCUGCCGCUAAUUACAACAACUGCCAGUGCGGUGUUUGAUGACACCGCGGCGGACGACGAUUACGAAGAGGAGGAUGAGGAAGAGACCGACAUGGAGGACUUGAUCAGCAUGGAGACAACCGCGGCGUCCACGCCAGCCGUGACCUUGAGGUCCACCGCUAACGAGCUCGUUACCAACAGCAGCACACCCUCGAUGUUAACAUCCACAAUUGCACCCAUUCUGACGACAACGACAGUGUCGCCGCGGAGCAGUGUCAAUACAACACGCCGGGAUGAUUUUAAUGAGGCCGCAGUGUCUAUUGAUAACGACAACGUGCAGGGUACAGGGAUGACUGGUCUGACUCUGCGCGGGCACCCGUCCGACUCAGUGGAGGGGUCCGGGAGUGGUCCCUAUAUGGGCGUUUCCGAUCGCAGCCGCGGUAUGAUGCCGGCCAUGGGGCGCGCGGAUCCGGAUGCGGAGGACGACCAGGACGUGGCGGAGACUGAUGUGCAAAUUGAGGGCUCCGGGAUGGGAGCAUCCGUCGCCGUGGGCGGGGCAAGGCCAACGUCCAGUGUCAUGCACAUACCGCGCGGCGAAAUGGAUGGGGGACGGUUUGUUGUGGCUGAAGGCUCAGGUACCACACCCCGCGAUUGGAUUGAGGAGAACACGAUACCUCCCGGUUCUUACCAGGUUACUAGCACCGCUACAACGCUUGCAAAGCCGUCUGAUGAGAUUGUGUUCUCCACGCCUGAUGCGGACAAUCGUGAGCACAUUGAUGAUGACCUUAAGAAUGAAAUUGAGAAUACCUUCCGUGGUGAAGUGGAGCACAAGGUGUCGACAAAGAAUACCAAUCUUCUUGCUCAACCCGCUAUGCUGGCCGCUGUGAUCGGUGGCGCCGUGGUGGGAUUAUUGUGUGCCAUCCUGCUGGUGAUGUAUCUGAUAUAUCGGAUGCGGAAGAAGGACGAGGGCAGCUACGCCCUGGAUGAGCCGGCCAAACGUCCAGGCGGAUACAUGCGUGCUCCGACCAACUCCGGCAAAGAGUAUUACGCGUAGAACGGGACGACCGGCAUCGCGCCUGCCCCCCGCGUCGUUGUCCCGUGUCGCCGGCCGGUCCUAUGCAGUAUUUUGCGUGGUGUUGUUGCAAGCUGAAAGUAGACUGGUUUUUUUGCCGCGUUGUGUAUUUAAUCGGUGGGGAAUCCUUGUGCAAGUGUUCAAUUUGGGUGCCUUUUGUCUUUCGGCGGAGAGUGUAAGAUUGGACCUGGCCCACGAUCCCCCACAACUCUGACCUUUUGAUUCUUGUUUUUACCAAAGUGUGUCAUAUUUGUCGGCGCGCGACACACCGUUCUCCCGAUGCUGGGCGGAUGGGGCUCCGCGUGACGGUCUCUCUCUUUGUUGAUUUGCAAUUAUUCUCUGUUUCUCUCUGUCUUCUGCGUGUCGUUCUCACUUUGUCUGGUUGAAGAAUGUUUUUUCUCGUCACAACUUGUUGCCACUUAUUCGGCUCUUGGGAGCCCACUUGGACAAAUGGAUGGGAACUGUGGCAAUUAUAUUCUUCUGGUUCCUUUUUCUUCUGUGUCUCACCUCGAUCCACCGUGUUGCCACCGGAUGUUCACUGUUUUCAGCACACUACUUAUGCCAUACUGAUGGCAUGAAACAGAGCGGAGCGCGCUGCUUUUCCUGGCCUGUGAUGAUUUGAUAUUUCCGGCAGCCGCAGCAUGCCGGACAGAAUCACUUACCCCGACGCGAGUGUGGCAGCUUUUCUCUGUGUUUUGUCUUUUUUAUUAGGUGCAGCCAGUCGUUUUGUUUCUCUAUAUUAUGAGUACCAAAAUUAUAAAAUUUUGUCCAAAUUUUGUUUUUUUUUCUCGUUUUAUUAAUAUGGCUAGUAUGUAUUUCAGUGCGCGGCAACUGUUAAUUUUCGGCGAAACUGGAAGUUAAUGCAUGAUUUCGAAUUUUUGGUAGAAACUGAUGACUGUGGUGAACGUUGUAUACUGCGCAUUUUUGUUUGAGUUUUCAGUUUCGAAGCAUGGAUGUAUGUUUUAGUUUUUUAGCUUCGUUAUGCGUUGUGAGGUUGUGUUUUAAAACAACAAAUCUGAA